AUGAAUGAUUUUUUAAAUAUCUUUUGCCUUACAACCUUUUUAUUUGUUUGUUAUUUAAUUAAUGAUUUGUCCAAAAUUGAAUCCGCUCAAGAAGUCUUUAACAAAUAUCUAACUGAAGUAGGAUUUAUUUAUAAAAUAUAUUAUGAUGAAGAGUCAGUGAAUAAAACAAAAGCCGCAGUAAACAAAAUGAGUGUUGCAGUAAAUGAGCUGAAUAACAACAAUAAUUUUCAAAAUCAUCAAUCGGAUGUAGAAAACAGAUUACUGA